CCGACGGACUGACGGACCGGGCGACAGACAGGAAGACGGACAGGAAGGCGCGCGGGCUCUUCCAUCCUUUCGAGCGGGCGGCGGCGGCCGCUGCUGCGGGGCUGCCCGGAGCCACUCCUCGCCGUCGACUUGACGCCUCGCCGGCCGGAGAAACCACAACCCGGAUAUGGCUCGUGGACAGCAGAAAAUCCAGUCACAACAGAAAAAUGCCAAAAAGCAAGCUGGACAGAAAAAGAAACAAGGCCAUGAUCAGAAGGCAGCAGCUAAAGCUGCUUUAAUAUAUACAUGCACCGUCUGUAGGACACAGAUGCCAGAUCCCAAGACCUUCAAGCAGCACUUUGAGAGCAAGCAUCCCAAAACCCCCCUUCCUCCAGAAUUAGCUGAUGUUCAGGCAUAAAGUUCACUGGUGAAUUCAUGGAAUAUUGACUCUUCUGUUGUCAGACAUUACAUAACAAAUCUGCAGCUGCUUUUCUAACAAACUCUUGAUCAGCAAAAAAAUGAAGGGGCUAUAGAAACAUUCAUAUUUUUAUGCUGUUCCUCUUGGGCUUCAUGUAAAGACAACUCUGUGUAAUUGUACAGUUGAAAAUCUGGAAAUUGGUUCAUUCUAAAAAAUUUUUUACAGUUGUAAUUAUAUUGAUGUUCAUAUUGUGUAAAAUAACUCAUUUAAUAAAAUAGUACUUUGAUUUUACAAUAUCACAGGUCAAACGCUUGUAGAAAUUCUAUUUCCAUGUUUUAUUUGCCUUAUAAAUCUUCAACAAGUGAACUUCUCACCCUGCCAAAAAUUAGGUAGUUUAGUUAGGGUAGAUUCAUUGCUGUUAAUGAAACAAGGAAAUAAUUUCUCCAUUCAAUACGAUACUUGCCUGAGCGCACUCAUUUUCUUAAAAAAACAAAAACAAAAAAACCCCACUGCUUUUGACUGAAGACGUGUGCACUUUCAACUACUUAAGGUUGGAGUGCCUCUUCUGCCCGGCCAUUGUGAAAUUUCACUCUGCAUUGAGGCACUUGUAUCUUGGAUUUAUGCACUGGAGUCACCUGCAGUAGCAGUGAAUCAUUAUACUAAAUGGUGGGAUAUCAGAAGUAUACUUGAACUGAACAUUGUUGUUGGUUUUUUACAUGAUCUGAGUGGUUCAGACUAUAGCAACAUGAAGUAACUGCUUUCUGUUGUGAAGACCCACUGUGUAACUUCUCAAUUGUACCUGUAAGAAGUGGGCCACCUGGCAACCUUUCAUAUGUAAAAAUGACUACUGUAAAUGUUUCCCUGUUUGAAAACAAAAAUGGAAAAAGCUUAUUUGUUGGAAUAGGAUUGCAUAUGACGAGAGAAAUAAUGGCUUAUUCAUUUGAUUAGUUGGAACUGAUUACAUAUAGCAGUGUGGAUGCUAAAAUUUCAAUACCAGGCAGUGUUGCAUUAUGUUACAGAUUUCCAAACUAUGUUUGAGCAGGAUUCUGAUCUCAGGUGCAAUCUAUAAGUUCUGCCCCAGGUGCUUUUCACUCAAACAGAUAAUUUGUGACUGAUUACUUAUGUUACUGGUUUGACACUGAUAGUAAUAUUAACCAAAGUUUGCUUUGUGCCUAGAACAGACAUCUUUGAAAUCAUUCUGUUAAGCCAGUACACAUAAUCCACAUUUGAUACAUAAAAAAAUAAUAAUUGUGAUCUGUUUGUUUACUAAUCUGAUAUGUCUGUUAAGUUGAUGCUAUUUUCAUUACCCUGGGGUAAACAAUACCAGUAACACUGCUUACUUGCACUUGUAACCUGACAUUGGAAUAAAGCUCUUGCUUCGUUGUUUUUUUUCCUUACCUAA